CACCGCCUCAAACAGCCUGAAGAGGAGGGAGAAAAAAAGAGGAAAACAAAUAUUGCUGAGAACUUUAUAAAAAGUUGGGGAGUUGGGAGAUUGGGCCUAUUUGGUUGCAGCUACCUCAGCAGGAACUUUUAGCAGAGAAGGAGACACUAUCCUCAAACAAAUAGCCAUCAUGACCCACCAGUUUCCAGCGCUGACUCCGGAGCAGAAGAAGGCCCUGUCUGGCAUAGCACAGCGGAUUGUGGCUCCAGGGAAGGGGAUCCUGGCUGCGGAUGAGUCUGUGGGUACUAUGGGGAGCAGACUGCAGAGGAUCAAGGUGGAGAACACAGAGGAAAAUCGCCGCGCCUUCCGAGAGAUCCUCUUUUCUUCAGAUGCCUCCAUCAAUCAGAGCAUUGGGGGCGUGAUCUUCUUCCAUGAGACCCUCUAUCAGAAGGACAGCAGUGGAAAGCCAUUCCCAGAUGUCAUCAAAGACAAAGGCAUUGUGGUGGGAAUAAAGCUAGAUAAAGGAACAGCCCCGCUGGCAGGAACAAAUGGAGAAACCACCAUUCAAGGGCUGGAUGGGCUCGCUGAGCGCUGCGCCCAGUAUAAGAAGGAUGGCGCUGAUUUUGGCAAGUGGCGUGCUGUGCUGAAGAUCACAGACGCAACUCCCUCCACUCUAGCCAUCCAGGAGAAUGCCAACACGCUGGCACGCUAUGCCAGCAUCUGCCAGCAGCAUGGGUUGGUGCCCAUUGUAGAACCGGAGAUCCUACCCGAUGGAGACCAUGACCUCCAGCGCUGUCAGUAUGUUACAGAGAAGGUCCUGGCUGCUGUCUACAAGGCCCUGAAUGAUCAUCAUGUCUACCUGGAGGGAACACUGCUGAAACCCAAUAUGGUGACUGCUGGGCAUUCCUGCCCCAAGAAGUACACCCCUCAGGAGGUAGCCAUGGCAACAGUCACUGCCCUCCAUCGCACUGUUCCUGCCGCUGUUCCUGGAAUCUGUUUCCUGUCUGGAGGCCAAAGUGAAGAGGAGGCUUCUCUCAACCUCAAUGCUAUCAACCAGUGCCCUUUGCCCAAACCCUGGAAGCUGACCUUCUCAUAUGGACGGGCUCUGCAGGCAUCAGCACUUGCUGCAUGGUCUGGCAAACCUGAGAACAAGAAGGCUACUCAAGAGGCAUUUUGCAAACGGGCACAGAUUAAUGGGUUAGCAUCCAAAGGACAAUAUGUUGUCUCUGGAAAGAGUGAUGCAGCUGCGAAACAGUCCCUUUUCACUGCCAGCUACACGUACUAGGGUGUGGGAAUACACCACCACCCUGUCCCUCUACGGGGACUGAAAAAGGAAAAAUCCUAACCCCGUAAAGGAAACUGGAAAUCAUGUGGGUUCAAACUACGGGCUCCACUGCACACUUUAAUCCUAAAAUGUAGGGAGAAAAUCAAAUCAUCUUAUCCAAGAAAAUGGUACCUGUUUUACAGACUUAGCCCCUACUGCCAUUGAUAAUUUACCAAAUCGCUCUCUCCCCCUGAGAGGGUUUUUACUUUGUUCCUUAGAAAGAUGGGAAUGCGGGCAUCAAUUCUCACCCCAUGCCAUCAAUUUUCUCUGUUUACCAGCAAAUAAAGCGCAUGCCCCCUCCAAAACCACACUCUGCAGCUGGAGAGAGCACAUUGGACUCCUGUAUUACACAUUCUAGAUAUUGUUUUCAAUCUAUGGGCUGUGAAUAAAGCAUCUGCAACUGUGAAAUUAUAUGCAGUUGAUAAAUUUUAA